GACACACUGCUUCAACUCCCGCUGUAGACCUCUGGGACUGAGAGGCCUCUGAUUUGUGGAUUACUGGAUGGAAAUGUCAGACACAGUCAAACCUGUGACCUCCUUCCUCAUCGAGGACAUCCUCUCCAUUAAGGACAGCACAAGAUUUAAUGGCAAACGCUGUUCACAGAAGAUUGACAGAUGUUCACAAUGGAAAGAAGAAUCUGAAAUGUUGUCAGAGCCACUCUGCCCUCAGGAGACAGCGUUUGGAGUGCAGACAGAGUCUCUGGACACUUCCUUUCCCAGUACCUCGGAGUCCAGCACUUUUUCCUCCACAGGGAAACAGAAGCGCUCCAGAGCUGCUUUUACACACCUCCAAGUGCUUGAAUUGGAAAAGAAGUUUAACCAUCAGAAAUACCUGUCCGCUCCAGAGAGGGCUCACCUGGCCAGCACCUUAAGACUCACUGAGACCCAAGUGAAAAUCUGGUUUCAGAACCGAAGGUACAAGACGAAACGAAAGCAGCAAACAUCAGAGUUCUGUAAGGACUUGUACAAAGCAGAGGGACUGGGCCUGAGAGACGAUUUGGUCCGAUCAUCACUAAUCACCUCCUUCUGCAAAGCUUACCAAUACAGACCCUACCUGUGGGACUACGGUGGCCCCUGGGGGCCAACGAUAUGGUGAAACAGAAAUAAUGCAUAUGAUGAUGUAUACUGAUAAGCCUGUGUUUAGUAUCCCUUAUGUUUAGGCUUCAUGUUUACUAUCAAAGUAGAUUCUCUGUUAUUUGACACUGAUUUUAAAUCCAGUGUGUGGCCAUGUUUUACCUUUACCAGUGUACCAUCUAAAAUUAUUUUGUUCACAAACACAUCUUGUCAUUUUUCAUGCUUUAAAGAAAAAAAUGAUUGUUGCGCAAUGAAACAUUUGAUCACUGAAGUCAAUUUUAGCAGUUCAUUAUUAAAUUAAUGUUGAUACACUAUA